CAGCCAGCUGCUACCUGGGCGGCUGGGAGUCUGAGUCGGAGCAGGGCCCUGGGGAGAUGGCUGUGGACCCAGCAGCGGAGAGAUCCCGAGAGAGUGCGCCGCAACCCCAUGUCUCAGCCAGGGCUCCCUUCCCUAGCUCCCACGCAUGGAUGUGAUGGCAGCUCCUGGUCUGCCCUGGUGUCUGUCCCUCCUUGUCCUCUUCCUGCCCCUGGCCAUCCCUCAGUCAUCCACAGCGGUGAACGACCCCUCCAAGCUCGCGUGCUUCUACAACUCAAAAGCCAACAUCUCCUGUGUCUGGAGCUGGGAUGGGGACCUACAGGCCACAUCCUGUAGGAUCCACGCUAAGCCGGAUCAACGGUCUUGGAACAAAUCCUGUGAGCUGCUUCCGAUGGGAUCGGCCUCCUGGGCCUGUUACCUGAUCCUUGGAUCCCCAGAUACUCAGAGUCUGACUUCGGCUGACACCGUGGACAUGAGGGUGAUGUGCCACGAAGGGGAGAGGUGGAGGGUGCUGAUGACCCAGAAAUUCAAGCCCUUUGAGAACCUUCGCCUGAUGGCCCCCGACUCCCUCCAAGUCACCCACGUAGGGACCCACAGAUGCAACAUAACCUGGAAAGUCCGCCAGUCUUCCCACUACAUUGAAAGAUACCUGGAGUUUGAGGCCCGGAAAAGGUCCCCAGGCCACAGCUGGGAGGUGAGUGCCCUGCCCUGAUUCCUCCUUCCUGCCCCGGUCACCCUGUCCAUCCUUCAUCUCAGCCAAGCUACGGCGGCCCCGAGGCUAUUGCCAGCUCCGAUCCCCACCCCCUCGCCUCCAUGUGCCCCCUGACAAUCCAGAGCUUCCAGCUGGUGGCAGUUGCCGGGCUGGCACCAGGACAAGGUCUUACCUAGCCAAGAGGCCGGUCGGUGACUGUCCUCUCCGGGAGAUUUCAGAGACCCCGGGAAGCCACCUUUCCGUUCUUCAAAUCCGGUGUGGUCAGCAUCCACUGGGGUCGGUCGCCUAUCCAUUCACUUACCUGCUCCCUCAUUUGCUCGCUCACUCAGCAAACACUGAGUACCUACUAUGUGCUCCCGUGGGGGGCAAAGAGGGUGGAGGACAAAACUGACCAGAUCACC